AUGCGGUUGAUGCAUCCGAGCACUUUGACAAGCCAUCCCACUGUAAGUAGUUCCAAGAAGCUAUUCCUCAUCGCGCAAUCUUUCAUCCGCCACUCCGCUGUACGCGGGCCCAAGAUUCCCCCUGAAGGCCCAGCCCUCAAAGGCUCAAGCUACGGCUCCCCUCCAAUCAUCUUCCUCAAAAUCAAUCCUCAAGGCUCUGUCAAAUCCUCACUAUCUAUACUCGGCUCGUCGGCUCGCUCGAUAUCACAAGGCUGCCAUGGAACUGACAUUCUCCUCCUCCAACACAUCACAGCAACAGAACAAUCCCCUUCGCUCCUCGCAGUGAUCCUCGACACCAACCCAGCAGCAUGGUCACUGCUCUCCCAAACCCUUCCUCUUUCCAGCGCUGUGGCAAACCUCCUCGUCUUCAUCAAUGCCCACCUGGCCGCAAACUACACCAACAAAGUCGCCGUCAUCGCUUCUCAUUGCGACAAAGCCACAUGGCUCUAUCCCAGUCCGACCGAACAGAAACUCCCUCGCUCCAUCUCGACUCGGGCAAAGCGACAACCUCAAGAUCCAUCUUCUCUUCCAGACGACAACCUCUCCGACUCCGCCAAAAGGCUGAAACUUAACGGUCCAGCGGGGGAUCCUCCUCCCCCUUCGUCCUCAGCAAACACGGGCAGCAAAUACCGGCCCUUCCGCCUCGUCGAGGAAGAGCUCCUUCGCAACCUGACCUCGCUGCUUUCCAGCACCUCUCCAGAUGCAGUUGCCGGCUCUCCAUCCACCAUGAUCGCGGGAGCCUUCACCCUGGCACUCUCCUAUAUCAACCGGGAAUCCAUCCUGCUCACCGAAUCUCUAGUCGGAUCAUCCAGCACCAAUGCGGGCAGUGCCAGAGACCCGACGGCCGCGGCGGCUGGAGAAGGAGCUACUCAGUCCCUUCAAUCACGCAUCCUCCUCAUCUCAGCGUCCCCUUCAACCGACCUGGCUCACCAAUACAUCCCCAUCAUGAACGCCAUAUUCGCAUGCCAGCGACUCUCCAUCCCCAUUGAUAUAUUGCAACUCCCUCUCCCCACCUCCUCUUCUUCCUCCAAAGCCACCGGAGCGACUUCUUCAACCACUGACCCAUCAUCCACAUCCACAUCCUCGUCGACCUCAAACCCAAACUCCCGCUCGCACGCACACUCCAACUCGACCGUCUUCCUCCAACAAGCCGCCGACGCCACCCACGGCAUCUUCAUCCCCGCCCACCUCUCUUCCCCCAACGGCCCGAACCCGGCAAAGACAGCCUCCCAAUCCCUCCUGACCUACCUCCUGACCAGCUUCCUCUCCAGCCCCCUGACGCGGGCCGCGCACUUGAUCCUCCCCACGCGCAUCGACGUCGACUUCCGCGCCGCCUGCUUCUGCCACCGCAAUGUGGUUUCUGUCGGCUUUGUGUGUUCCAUCUGCCUGAGCAUCUUCUGCGAGCCCCCGGAGAACGGCGACUGCCUGACCUGCGGCACCCAUCUCGCUGUGGACGAGCGCGGCUAUGGGAAGACGCCCGUGGUCGUCGCCGCCUCCAAAUCAAAGAAGAAGAGGCCGCAGCAGCAGGCGACGGCCGCAAGGUGA